AUGUUCAACAAUGGGACAAAGGAGGCGAAUAUUUGCAAUGUUUGGGCGGAUUUUAUCAAUUAUUUUACCGCCGGGAUCUACGUAUUUCCGAUUAUUUUCUUUGUUAUUCUUUUAUUGUUAAUAGUGAGUCUGCGACGGGCUUUUCAUCCGUUUUUCAGCAUACUAUUUCUCUUAUUCCUCUCCAUCUACAUCGCUUGUGAUGCCAUCUAUUUACCGUAUAAACUCUCCUCGGUCAUCAAUGAGAAUUCCCGUCUCUCGAAUACUCUCUGUGCAAUCACCGAUUUCACCUAUUUUCUCAUCACUCCAUUGGGCACUUAUUGUACUGUGGAAAGGAUUGUGGCCACGAUUUUGUUCCGAAGUUACGAACGACAACGACAUUGGGCUUUCUUUCUUGUCACCUUUCCGAUAUGUGUCUUAUUCGCCUGUGCUAUGGCUUUUCAAUACGUAAACGAUGAGAAAUUUUCGGAGAUCGUCGAUCAAAGUCUCGUCUUUUUCUCGGUGUUCAAUAUCUUGUCUCUAAUCAUCCUUUACCUAAUCAAUCGUUAUUUCAUUCGAAAGUGUUCACAUGCGAAUUUCUCGAAUCUCUCAAUGAGAUACCAGUUGGCCGAGAAUGUGAAAGCUGUCUACCUUCUAUUACCGAUUCUUUUUCUUGAUAAUCUGAUCACAAUAAACGAUAUGAUUUGGUACGGAGUCGCCCAAAUCGACAGCUAUUUCGAUCCUUGGUAUUGCAAGCGAAUCGACGGAUAUUUUGUGUUCUACAUUAUUGGAACUACGAUUAGUUUCCUCCUCGAGUUAUCAAUGCCAAUUGUUGUGCUAGCUCGACACGAGUUACUCCGCAAGAAAAUCCAACAAAUCACUAGAAAAGUCAUGCUGAAAUUUCCCCGUAAAAGCUCGACGACAAUCAUUCCAAUCUCUCCAUCAUCGAGGAGCGUCAAAUUGAAGAACGUUUUCGGGGACGAGAUUGUCAAAGAGAUCUCCAUUUCUGAGUAUUUUGAUCGUUUGAAAGCUCAAUGG